AUGCAAGAGAAAAUGGAUGAGAUGCAAGAGAAAAUGAAUAAGAUGCAAGAGAAAUCAAAUAUGAAAGAUGCUUUAAUUAUUUCUUAUGAAAUUUCGUCAUUAUAUAUUGAAUAUUUUGUUAAACCUGUAUUUUUACGAUUAUUAGGAACUUCUUCAUGGGAUCAAUUCACAAACAAAUUAACUCAAAUAGAGGUAGAACUAGAUGAUAAUCGUCUUCAAUCGAUCGAACAUGGCCAAUCAGUCGACGAUGAGCAAUUGUAUACGCCAUUAACAAAAUUUCUUGAACCACUUCAAAAAGAAAUCAGUAUUAGCCUAACUGAUAUUCGAUUCUUACUCAAAGAUCGAACUGGCAUUGCUCAUUAUCGUCAUAGAACACCUAAAGAACAAUUAUUAUUAAUUGAACAAGCUAAGAAGUUUUAUUUUCCUGAACAAUUUGAACAUAAGCAAUUAGUCAAGGAUAUGAUAUGUGCACUAGAGAAAUCUAAAUCUCGCUUUCAUCGUUGUCGUUAA